GCCCCAGUUGCGCCUUGCCGUGGCGCCCGCAUCGGCCAUAAGACCAGCAGCUCGCAGUCAUACUUCAUAAUAAUUUUACUUCUCCAUCGCGUUCAAACAAAGCAACAUCGUUGACAACGACCUGCACGAACCGCUGGAACGAAAGCCUGCUUUCAGCUCUACGCUUCCUGCGCUCACUUCCCCAUAGCCAUCCAAUUUACGGAAUCAAAUACUCGCUCGCCAAGCAUAGCUUGCUCGCCAAGAGGCUCGAGCCUUUGCCGGAGCCCGUCAAGCCAUCGGAGUGCGCCUUUGCCUUCGUGGUCUCAACAGUCUGCGACUGCUCCCAGGAGCUCAAGCAAGAAGCCCAGGAAUCAUGACGCCAUCGCUGCGCUGUCUUCCAAGCCUGGCCAUCGAGGUGCCGGACUGCCUGAAGGACGAGUCCAUCCUUGACUUUGCGACCCCGCCGAGCUCGGCGAGCGACUCGACUGGCGCCGUCACCAACGUGACUCCUGGGUCCUGGUGUGAGCCCCUGUCGCCCAGCGCCGUGAGCGCCAUCAGCCCUCGUGCCUGGGGCCUCGAAGGAGCCUCGGCCCCGGCCUCGGCCUCCCUGCUGCCGGCGCCUUUUGCCUUCGUUCGCUGCAGCGCCCUCGCGGCUGACUGCUGCCGCCGCCCCAGCGCCAGCGCCAGCGGUUUUGCUGACACGCGCUAUGAGUGCCUGGCUUACUCGCCCCGCCAGGUGUCCUCCUCCGGCGGCAGCUCCCAGUACACCAACACGCUCUUCGGCAGCAGCUGCAGCAGUGACGAUGACGAGGAGGAGGCGGCGGAGGAGCCGUUGUCAUCGCCCAAUGCCGCCGCCUGCGGCACCACCCGACUCAUCUCGUUCUCCGCCUGCGCCUCCGCCUUCGCGUCCACAUGCUCCUCGCCGCGCCCGCGCCCCGUGCCCAGCCCACCGCCCAAGCAGCAGCCACAGCCGCUGUGCCCUGCAACCCUCACCAUUACCGCUAUUGACGGCGACCUCUCUUCGUGCUGCGACUCCUGCUGCUGCAUGAGCCCCCGCACUGAGGCGCGGGUGGCCGCCGCGUUCGGCCGCUUCGACUGGUCCUGCUGGGCCUCCGCGGCCGAGUGGGCGGCGCUACGUGACGCCGACAUGGCCACCCUGGAGCGCUUUGGCCUGCUGCACUGGACCCUGGACGACCUGCAUGACGCACAGCUGGCAGAGGCCUUUGCCGCCGUGGACUGGGCCGCAGUCGCCGCCACGUGCGCCGCCGCCUUUCCCACCCACUUCCCCGCCGCCGCUUCCUCUCUAGCCACAGCCACAGCCACCACAAGCUGCCUUUUUGAGAGUGAUGAUGAGGCGGAGGAGGCCGAGGUGGACUUUGUGCUGCUGCGUGAGGCCGCGGACCAGGCAGUGGCGACGCUGCUGCUGAGCCCGACGGUGGCGGCGGUGGCGGCUGUUACUCCUCCUUCCCUCCGUGGCAGCAGUGGCUACGGCCUGUGCGCGGAGGACGUUUUGCUGAUGUGUGCGGACAUGGAGGACCUGGAGGCGUGCGGCCUGGUGGGGUGGACGCCGCAGCGCCUGGCUCGGGACACAGCCUACCGCCGGCUGGUGCUGGAGGCGGAGGAGGACAAGGCGCUGGGCGGUGGUGAGGGUGAGAAUAAUGAGGAGAGCUGCGGCUCCACCCCCUGCACCUCGGCGGGCAGCAGCCCCUGCUACAGCCGCUGCAGCAGCGGCCGCAGCACCGGCAGUAGCAGUAGCAAGGGCGGCGGCGGCGCCGGCAUGCAGCAUGCGCUGUGCGGCCUGGUGGCUGGCGGAGGAGGAGGCGGAGGCUGUGCGGGUGCUGCUGGUGUUUGGGCAACAGGAGGAGGAGUGCUAGGUAGCUACCUAGAGGAAUGUGCUGAGACGGUUAGGUGACUGUGAGCGAGACUGCUGAUAGGUGUCAGAUUGAGUGAGACCAAACUAGAGUUUGUUGGCUGAUAACAUGGCGCUAGGAGUUACGAGAAGCACUGUCGGGAUCCCCAACUAUAUAUGUUGCGCCACUUUGAUGAGCAUCCCGGGGCAAAAGACUGAGAAAUUGAGAACUGCCAUGAGAUUUGGAUGUAUCUAUCUAAGAUAA